CAAGAUUGGAAGUUGAACACCGGGAGACAUCACUGUUCUAACUUCCAACAUCAAAAGCAGCCACAGCGGCCAACACUUGAAAUAAUCAGAAGGAACGCCAAAGCUUUACUAAGUAUGGAGUAGUAUUUCUCGUUGUCGGUCUACUCUCAAAUCUCUAGAAGGGUCGGUGUGAUGGCCAUUCACUCGAUUCAUUUGAAAGCAGCUUGGUGUGGAUGACAAGAUUUUGUUUGGGGAUUUUUGUUUAUGUGCUUUGGAGAUUUUGAUGAUAAUGGGAGAUUGUAAACCAAACAUCCCAAUGGUGGGAGAAGAAGAAGAAGAGGAAAGCUUAAUUGCUGCAGCUCAGAACAUAGUGAAGGCUUUAGAGGGGAACACAAAUUUAACCAAUGAUGCUAGGAAAAUCUUAGCAGAUCUAGGCUCCCAAUUGUCCUCCAUAAUUAGGGUUGGGGAAAGUAACCAGGAUGAAUCUGAGAAGCAGUUGUGUGAGUUUGAGGAGCAGCUUAAUGCAGUGCAGGCUAAGGUGAUGAAUUUGGAGUUAAAUCAGUCGAUGCUUUGGGACUGUGGAGCUGAAGAGGCAUAUGAGUAUUUAAGGUAUGUGGAUGAAGUCCGAAAGCUGACGGAGAGGCUCGAGAGACUUUGCAUUCAGAAAGAUUGCAAAGAGAAAGAGAACGAGCUUCUGCUAAGGGCUCAUGAUGUUCUGCAGACUGCAAUGAAUAGGCUUGAUGAUGAGUUUAGGUAUUUGUUGGUUCAAAACAGGCAGCCUUUCGAGCCUGAACACAUGUCUUUUCGUUCCAGCGAAGAGGAUAUUGUGGACGAGGGAUCUAUUCUCUCCUUUGGGGAUGACUCUGUUGAAGAAGUGGUCCAAAGGGGGGAUAGUGCGAGUCGAGGUUCAGAUGAGUACAUAAUAGAACUAGUGCAUCCCGAUGUGAUUCCCCACCUCAGAUGCAUUGCCAAUUUGAUGUUUGAUUCGAAUUAUGGUCAGGAAUGCUCCCAAGCAUUUGUUAGUGAAAGAAAAGAAGCCUUGGAUGACUGUCUCUUCAUCCUCGAACUCGAGAAAUUGAGCAUUGAGGAUGUGAUCAAGAUGGAAUGGAAUGUUCUGAGCUCCAAAAUCAGGCGGUGGAUACGAGCUAUGAAGAUUUUUGUGCGCAUCUAUCUCGCGAGUGAAAAAUGGCUGGGUGAUCAAAUAUUCGGUGAGCUAGGGUCAGUUAGUUCUGUUUGUUUUGCAGAAUCGUCGAGAAGUUCAAUGUUGCAGCUUCUGAAUUUCUGUGAAGCCAUAGCAAUUGGCCCCCAUCAGCCAGAAAAGCUGAUCCGGGUUCUUGACAUGUAUGAGGUUCUUGCAGAUCUUAUCCCAGAAAUUGAUGCAUUAUACUCUGACGAAGCUGGAUCAGGUGUUAGGGUGGAAUGCCGUGACAUUCUAAGAAGUUUAGGCGAUUGUGCAAAGGCCACAUUUCUUGAAUUCGAAGCCGCUGUUGCAUCCAACAUUUCGACCAACGCCUUUCCUGGUGGCGGGAUCCAUCAUCUUACACGAUAUGUUAUGAACUACAUGAAAGCUCUUACUGAUUAUGGCAAUUCCCUUAACGAAGUCCUACAACGUAACGAGAAAGAAUGUGCAAUCCCAAUUUCGCCAGGUGCUAGUCCAGUUAGCGAAGAAGACAAUGCCAGUGAAAGCUCGUAUACUUCUCAUAUGGCUCAACACUUCAGAUCCCUAGUUUCAAUUUUGGAAUGCAACCUCGACGAUAAGUCCAAGUUAUACAAGGACGAGGCCCUCGGGCACAUUUUCUUAAUGAACAACAUACAUUACAUAGCUGAAAAGGUGAAACAAUCAGAGCUGAGAAUGGUGCUAGGCGAUGACUGGAUUCGCAAGCGCAACUGGAAGUUCCAACAGCAUGCAAUGAGCUACGUGAGAGCUACGUGGGGUUCAAUCCUUUCUUUACUGAGGGACGAAGGGCUUCAAAAUCCCGGUUCAAGUUCCAUUUCAAGAACUCUUAUGAAAGAGAGAUUGCAGAGCUUCUAUCUCGCAUUUGAGGAGGUUUAUAGGAACCAGACUGCGUGGUCUAUUCCAGACAGCCAGCUCCGUGAAGAUCUUCGAAUCUCGACGUCCCUCAAGGUAAUCCAGGCAUACCGCACAUUUGUUGGAAGACAUACCAAUAGCAUCAGUGACAAACACAUUAAGUACAGUGCCGAUGAUUUAGAGCAGUUGCUCUUGGACCUUUUCGAGGGAUCUCCAAGAUCAUUGCAUGGUUCUCACAGGAGGUGACUUUGAAAUGCAGGGAUGGAUAAUCAAGCAGAAAUUUGAUCAAGAUUUUUUUGUACCCAUAGUUUUAGUAUUAUAUUAUAAUAAAUGAUAAAAGAAAUGCACAUAUUUGUAAACCUUUGUGACACCUUUAUAAUUUCUCCUUUUUUUGCUUUGAUAAAAAAAAUUGUUGUUUUAGCCAAGAUUGAUGUGGAUUAUGGUCAUGACAUGGAUUGUUUAUUCAUCUGUGAUAGAUUGUCAAUGUGAAGUACCUAACCACAGAGAAUUUCAAGUACCUCAUGAAAUAUGGGAUGCUGACAUAUUAUUCUCCACUGGCUUAGAGACAUAAGUUCUUUCUCUUAAGAAUGAUUAACUGAGAUGAACUCUUUGUGCC